AUGGGCGCCGAGUGCCACAUGGAAGAGGCGAACGGGCCGAGCGGCCUGUGGGGCAGCCUGCCCGUGGUGCUGGGGCUGCUGCUCUGGCACCCCGCCGGCGCCAGCGGCCCGUGCUGGGAGAGCAGCAAAUGCCAGGACCUCACCAGCGAGGCUGGCAUUUUGGGACCGGCGCGGUGGGCUGGGGGAGGAGGGCUGGAACGGGAGGAAGGCAAACGCUCCUACUCCAUGGAGCACUUUCGCUGGGGGAAGCCAGUGGGGCGCAAGAGGAGACCCAUCAAGGUCUACCCCAAUGGGGUGGAGGAGGAGUCCGCUGAGAGCUACCCGCUGGAGUUCAGGCGGGAGCUGGCGCUCAGCGGCACCGGGGCACCGCCCGAGGAGGAGGAGGAGGAGGAAGACCAGGAGGAAGAGGAGGAGAAGAAGGCUGGCAGCUCCUACCGCAUGCGCCAUUUCCGCUGGCACGCGCCCUUGAAGGACAAGCGCUACGGGGGCUUCAUGACCUCGGAGCACAGCCAGACCCCCCUAGUGACUCUCUUCAAGAACGCCAUCAUCAAAAGCGCCUACAAGAAGGGGCAGUGA